AUGCCAUUAGUGAAGAGAAACAUCGAUCCUAGGCACUUGUGUCACACUGCACUGCCUAGAGGAAUUAAGAAUGAACUGGAAUGUGUGACCAAUAUUUCCUUGGCAAAUAUAAUUAGACAACUAAGUAGCCUAAGUAAAUAUGCUGAAGAUAUAUUUGGAGAAUUAUUCAAUGAAGCACAUAGUUUUUCCUUCAGAGUUAACUCAUUACAAGAACGUGUGGACCGUUUAUCUGUCAGUGUUACACAGCUUGAUCCUAAAGAAGAAGAAUUAUCUUUGCAAGAUAUAACAAUGAGAAAAGCCUUCCGAAGUUCUACAAUUCAAGAUCAGCAGCUUUUUGACCGCAAGACUUUGCCUAUUCCAUUACAAGAGACGUAUGAUGUUUGUGAACAGCCUCCACCUCUCAAUAUACUCACUCCUUACAGAGAUGAUGGUAAAGAAGGUUUGAAGUUUUAUACCAAUCCUUCAUAUUUCUUUGAUCUUUGGAAAGAAAAAAUGUUACAGGAUACAGAGGAUAAGAGGAAGGAAAAGAGGAAGCAGAAGGUAUUACAAGAAAUUCAGAAAAUUGAACAGAAAAAUCUAGAUCGUCCUCAUGAACCAGAAAAAGUGCCAAGAGCACCUCAUGACAGGCGGAGAGAAUGGCAGAAGCUGGCCCAAGGUCCAGAGCUGGCUGAAGAUGAUGCUAAUCUCUUACAUAAGCAUAUUGAAGUUGCUAAUGGCCCAGCCUCUCAUUUUGAAACAAGACCUCAGACAUAUGUGGAUCAUAUGGAUGGAUCUUACUCACUAUCUGCCUUGCCGUUUAGUCAGAUGAGUGAGCUCCUAACUAGAGCUGAGGAAAGGGUCUUAGUCAGACCACAUGAACCUCCUCCACCUCCACCAAUGCAUGGAGCAGGAGAUGCAAAAUCCAUACCCACCUGUAUCAGUUCUGCUACAGGUUUGAUAGAAAAUCGUCCUCAGUCACCAGCUACAGGCAGGACACCUGUGUUUGUGAGCCCCACCCCCCCACCUCCUCCACCACCUCUUCCAUCUGCCUUGUCAACUUCUUCAUUAAGAGCUUCGAUGACUUCAACUCCUCCCCCACCAGUACCACCCCCACCUCCACCUCCAACCACUGCUUUGCAAGCUCCAGCAGUACCACCACCUCCAGCUCCUCUUCAGAUUGCCCCUGGAGUUCUUCACCCAGCUCCUCCUCCAAUUGCACCUCCUCUAGUACAGCCCUCUCCACCAGUAGCUAGAGCUGCCCCAGUAUGCGAGACUGUACCAGUUCAUCCACUCCCACAAGGAGAAGUCCAGGGGCUGCCUCCACCCCCACCACCGCCUCCUUUGCCUCCACCUGGCAUUCGACCAUCAUCACCUGUCACAGUUGCAGCUCUUGCUCAUCCUCCCUCUGGGCUACAUCCAACUCCAUCUACUGCCCCAGGUCCCCAUGUUCCAUUAAUGCCUCCAUCUCCUCCAUCACAAGUUACACCUGCUUCUGAGCCAAAGCGUCAUCCAUCAACCCUACCAGUAAUCAGUGACGCCAGAAGUGUACUUCUGGAAGCAAUACGAAAAGGUAUUCAGCUACGAAAAGUCGAAGAGCAGCGUGAACAGGAAGCUAAACAUGAACGCAUUGAAAAUGAUGUUGCCACCAUCCUGUCCCGUCGUAUUGCUGUGGAAUACAGUGAUUCAGAAGAUGAUUCAGAAUUUGAUGAAGUAGAUUGGUUGGAGUAA